CUCGUCUCCGCUGCAGCUGCUCUUGGUCCCGUUGUCUGGUUCGGUCGGUGGGGUUAAAGCUGAUCCCGCCUGAGCCUUCAUUCCGAGCGACCUCUGAUCAUCUGCAACUGCGACUUCGACUUCGACUUCGACUUCGACUUCUUCCGCUCCUGCAGCCGCACUGUCAUUUCCCAGUCGAAGUGAAAGAGAUAUUGGAAUUUUGUAACCCUUCGGCUGCGCGCAGCCAUGGGGGGAAUGAGAAAGAAUGAGGGCAAUGAUUCAGGGUCGGAACUCGACGACGGUAAGCAGAAGAACAAGAAGAUGGUUAAGAAAGAGAAGGGGCAGCUGCUUCCCUCGAUGAUGAAGAACAAGGAGAAGAGGUCAGCCGUGCACGCCGAGCUCAAGCACCAGAAGAAGCUCGAGAAGCGCAAGAAGAUUAAGGCCCGUGACGCUGCCGAGAAGCGAGCCCUCGAGCUUGGCGAGGAGCCUCCACCGAGGGCGAUUCCUCGCACGAUUGAAAACACAAGGGAAUUUGACGAGACGGUCUGCAAGCCCGACGAUGAAGAGCUAUUUGCUCGGAAUGAUGCCGACGAGCUUAGCUCCAUUUUGAAGCGGGAGCGAACUCCGACGAUACUGAUCACCACCUCCAGGUUCAAUUCAACUCUAGGGCCUGCUUUCAUCUCAGAGCUUCUUGAUGUAAUACCGAAUUCUGAGUAUUUUAAACGGGGAACUUAUGACCUAAAAAAGAUCGUGGAAUAUGCCAAAACCAAGGACUUCACGUCUCUCAUUGUAGUUCACACCAACCGAAGGAAACCAGAUGCUCUUCUAAUUAUCGGUUUGCCGGAUGGACCAACUGCUCAUUUUAAACUAUCAAAGCUUGUUUUAAGGAAAGAUAUCAAGAAUCAUGGAAAUCCAACAAGUCAUGAGCCUGAGCUUGUGUUGAACAACUUUACUACGCGUUUGGGUCAUCGUAUUGGAAGAAUUAUCCAGUCACUCUUUCCACAAGAUCCAAAUUUCCGCGGCCGUCGAGUUGUUACUUUCCAUAAUCAGCGGGACUUUAUUUUCUUCAGACAUCAUCGGUACAUUUUUGAAACAAAAGAAACCAAUAAGGCAACUUGCUCCAAAACCAAGGGGACGAAAAGUUCCAAGGGUGAGAACGUCACUCAGGAGAAAGUGAUUGCACGUCUUCAGGAAUGUGGCCCUCGUUUCACGUUGAAAUUGAUCAGUCUGCAGCAUGGAACUUUUGAUACCAAAAGCGGGGAAUAUGAAUGGGUUCACAAGCCUGAGAUGGACACAAGCAGAAGAAGAUUCUUCCUUUGAUCUUACUGGAAAUGAGUUUGGUGCUUCUUGUCGUACACAGUGGAGGCGUUUUCUGGUUAAGGAAAGUUCUGUUCCUCUGGCUGGGUACCGUUAACCUUUUGUCGUAUUUAGUAUAUGUUGGAUGUAAAUUUAUCGCAGGCUAACCUGCGGAGAAUUCUUUUUUGAGGAGUUACCCGAACAUUUUGCUUAACUAUAUUGUAGAUGAGUUUGAAAAAUUAAAAGCUCGAUUAGUCCCUUCAAGUUAUAUUCCAAUGUUGCCCAUCCUUAGUGCUCUUAUUGCCACUUCCCAUUGGCAUGUUGUGAAUAAGAUAAAGUUUGCCUUCCUUUUAA